AUGGCUAGAACAUUUUUCGUCGGAGGUAACUUCAAGAUGAACGGCUCUAAGGAGUCCAUCAGCACUAUUGUUCAGAACUUGAACAAGGCUGACUUGCCAUCAAAUGUUGAAGUUGUUCUUUGCCCACCUUACCCAUAUCUUGCCCAGGUUGUUGCUGAGAACAAGCAGCCAACUGUCAAGGUUGGUGCUCAGAACUGCUACUUGAAGGCUUCUGGUGCUUACACUGGUGAGGUCUCCCCAGAGUUCUUGAAGGACCUUGGUGUUGGCUAUGUUGUUCUUGGUCACUCCGAGAGAAGACAAUACUUCAAGGAGUCUGACGAGUUCGUCGCCGACAAGGUUAAGUUUGCUUUGUCCGAGGGCUUGAAGGUUAUCCUCUGUAUCGGUGAGACUUUCGAGGAGAAGAAGGCUGGCAAGACCAUCGAUGUCUGCAAGAGAGAGCUUUCUGCCGUUGCUGAGAAGGUUAAGGACUGGACUAACAUCGUUGUUGCUUACGAGCCAAUCUGGGCUAUUGGUACUGGUUUGGCUGCUACUGCUGCUGAUGCCGAGGAAGUUCACGCUGACAUCAGAAAGUACUUGUCCACCGUUAUUGGUGCUCAGGCCGAAGAAGUCAGAAUCUUGUACGGUGGUUCCGCUAAGGCAAGCAAUGUCGGUGGUUUCAGAGACAAGAAGAACGUUGACGGUUUCCUUGUCGGUGGUGCUUCAUUGAAACCAGAGUUCGCUGACAUCAUUAAGUCAAGACAGUAA